AACUUGGACCUGGUCCCGCCGUGGAAAGCUGCUCGUGCCUGCGCGUUUCUCCGCCAUGCCGGAGUUUCUGGAAGCUUGGAAGUCGGAUGACCCGGAGAUGCGACGAAUUCCCAGCAAAACCUCCACCCGAAGUAUGAUGAGCAAGUCGGUGAGCAAGUUGAGUGAGGUGGUGGAGCAACGCCAAGUCCAGGUCCUUUCGAGCCAAGAGGAGUGGUGGACGUAUGAGUUCGCCCAUGUGGUGGCCAAGAUCGUUUGGAUGCUCUUCUUUUUGGCCACGAGUCUGCUGGUGUUUUUGUUAGUUGCGGACAUUCAUCCUGAGGCCUUUGUCAUCACAUUCUUUGUGAUGUUCAUCGCGCAGUUGGCCUACUUCGCCAAGGUCACCGGCUACAGCGAUGUGGUCUUGGGUGGCCGCACCGUACCCAUCGUGCGGUACAUCGAUUGGAUCACCACCACGCCUCUGAUGCUCUUUGAACUUUGCAUGAUUGGGGGAGCAGAGAAGCACACCACGAUCUUGGUCAUCGGGUGUGACCUCAUCAUGCAUGCCACAGGGAUUGUAAGCGCCAUGGUGGUGCCAAAAGAGAAGGUCAAGGUGAAGUACGCUUGGUUCACCAUGUCGGUCUUUUGCUUCACCUUGAUGCUCUUAGUGCUGCACCGCGACGUCUCCUGGGGCACCGUGAAUCUGCGGCCCUCCGACGUGCAGGCCCUCUUCGACCGGCUCGAGUGGCUGACCAUCAUCUCUUGGUCCUGGUAUCCCAUCGUCGUGUUGUUGGGUCGCGCCCACUUUGGGAUCAUCUCAAAAGGCACCGAGGAUGCACUACUGUGCAUCCUAGAUUGCAUUGCCAAGCUGGGCAUGGAAGGCUUCGUGGUGCUCAGCUGCACCGCACCCGAUGCCCAAUGUCAUGCCAAGUGACGGGCCGGCCCGACCAAGCGGCCCAAAGGCGACCGAUCCCAUCAAAAGAAUGAGCUA